AUGAGCACCACAACACAGAAACCUAGUAUUCUGAUGUUGCCAUGGUUAGCUCAUGGUCACAUCUCUCCUUUCCUGGAGCUAGGCAAGAAGCUCUCACACAGGGACUUCCACAUAUACUUCUGCUCCACACCCAUCAAUCUAAAGCCUCUCAGAGACACCAUUCUUGCUCAAGACUGUGUUCCUUCAAUACAACUCGUUGAUCUUCACCUUCCAUCUGAUGAGUUCCCACAACUUCCUCCUCACUAUCACACCACCAAGGAUCUCCCUCCUCAUCUCAUGUCCACCCUCAAAUCCGCCUUCAAUUCUGCAAAGUCUUCCUUCUUUGACAUCCUCGGAUCCCUCAAGCCAGACUUAGUCAUCUUUGAUUAUCUUCAACCAUGGGCCUCAGUUGCAGCUAGUGAGCUGAACAUAAAUGCUGUGUCUGAGAACUAUAGAAUCGCCAAGUUGAUGAAUGCCAGUGCCAAUGGAUACAAGAACAAGGAGAGGUUCUGGGAGUGCAUGGAGAGGUCAUCCAACAUAGUCUUGAUAAAAACAUCCAGAGUCACAGAAGGCAAGUAUGUUGACUAUCUCUCUGAAUUAGUGAAAAGGAAGGUGGUGACUGUUGGGCCUCUUCUUCAAGAACCUGCCAACAAGGACGAAGAGAGGGAGAAGAUUGCUUAUGGAUUGGAGCUCAGCAAUGUGGGCUUCAUCUGGGUUCUCAGAUUUCAUGGUGGAGAGGAUGUUACAAUACAUGAGGCUCUACCACAAGGAUUUCUACAGAGGAUUGGGGACAGAGGACUGGUUGUGGAAGGAUGGGCCCCACAGGCUGAGAUUUUGGGACAUCCAAGCAUAGGUGGGUUUGUGAGCCACUGUGGUUGGAGCUCAACAUUGGAGGCAAUUCUUUUUGGAGUUCCAAUCUUAGCCAUGCCAAUGCACCUUGAUCAGCCUCUGAAUGCAAAACUUGUGGUGGAGAUUGGUGUGGGCAUGGAGGUGGACAGGGGAAGUGGGGGGUUCAGGAGGGAGAAAUUGGCAAGAGUUAUACAACAAGUGAUGGUGGAGGAAAAAGGGAAGGAGGCCAAAAGAAAUGCUCAAGAAUUGGGUAUGAGGAUGAGAGAGAAGCAAAAAGAAGAGAUGGAUGACGUGGUUGAGAAGUUGAAGCAGCUUAUUGAGCAUAAUUUCUCUGUUGGUUGA